AUCAGUCAUGUUUAAUGUUAAUACAAGAGUUUGGCUGCUUGUAUAUUUCUACAGAUUUUUGCAAAUUAUUGCAGUCAGUCUGACGGAUUAUAAUAAAAGUUGUAUUCUAAAAAUCUGCUUGCAAGAAGAAAUUAAUUUCGCAGCUUUAUCGAUUGCAAAAAAAUAAAUGCAUGGCAUUACUUCUCUGUGAAAAUUGUGUAGUAAAAGAAAUACAAAUACAUACUUUGAGAAUAAUUGACAUCUAAAACCCCGAUAUAGGAUUUAUAAAUUUUGACUGUUCAUGCCGUAGCAGAAAUGUGAGAGAAUCUUCAUCGAGGGCAAAUUUCUAAUCUAACAAUUGUAAGAUGGGGCUAAACAGACUAUACUCUUUUGGGUUUGCGGUAAUUGUCUUGUGGUUAGGAGUAUCCCACGUUGUUGUACAGGCAACGGGAGGGGAUGCCUUGAAAAGCAAGAUACCAAUCACCCCAGAAUUGGCAAACACUUGGGCAGAAAAAAUUCUGGACAAUGUGUUCACUUCUCGCCACCAGCCUAUUUUUGACCAACUGCAACACCCCACCACCCUGAGAGCAGUUGAUGCCAUGCGGGACAAUCUAAUUAACUCUCAUCGCGGAAAACCCGAGGCUUACAUUUUUGAAAAAUUGACGUCUAAGGACUAUUUGAAUGCCCUUGAGGGGUCAAUUAGGAAGAACAAAGACAUCAACACUAUCGCAGUAAUGGUAGACGGUGAUAAAAUCUACAUUUCCGGGAAUAUUAAAAACGUUGAGCUUCCUCUUGACCCCAGCGAUGCAGAACUAUUCAAGAAAUUGGCCAUGAAUAAAGAAGUGAUUUAUCCACAUGAUCAUUUCGGCCUUGACGACUCUGACGCCCCGCUCAUAAAAAAGGCAAUACGUGACACCAAUAUGAAAGAUUCCUUCGAUGGUAAAGAUCCCGCCGUGCUUGUCGUCCAGCCGACCGCAGAGAGCCAAAUCGUUCGAGAUCUUGAAGUUGAAAAACAAGGAGAGUGGAAAAAUAGGGUAGACGAGCUGACAAAGAAUCACCAAGCAGCGUUAGAAAGAUUAGAUCGGAACGCCAGGAAGAAUCCCAAGUUUUCUGAGGCCGACCUCCAAUCAAAAGUUGCCAAGAUGGAGGAGAAAUUUAGACGAAAUUUGCAAACUCAGAAGUUAGAAUUCGAUAAAACUGUGGGGAAUCAAUUCAAUUACAAAAAGAAUGUUAAAGGGGCGCACGUCCAUCAUGCAGAAAUGCAGCUACUCUACCAGGCUAAGAAGGCCAACUUGGGAGGGGAGAAUAAAGUCGUGAUUGGUGUAAGCAAAUCGCUAUGCGAAAAGUGCCAGCAAGGGAUAAUAGAUGCCGACGACAUAUUUGACUUUACUCAACACGAUAAACCUGGUCAGCCCGCGGCCAACAUAAAAAACUGGGAGCAACCUGAAGGAGUUAAAGUUACUGAUUUGUCCGAGAUGGAAGCUAGGCUUAAAUCGCGCACCAAUGACUUGGAUGAAAUGAUGGCAACCAAGCUAAAAUCCGUAGAUAUUUCUGGUUGCAGCAGAAGAAAGCGUUCAUUGGGAUCACCUUGCGCAAAAAUUGAUAGUAAAAGGUUCAUCCAGGAAUAUGCCGAAGGGGACGAGUUCAAAAAACGAAAAUUGGCAGAAGCUACCAGGAUGGAAGACGGGCUUCAGUUCGAGGGUAGCGCAGAUGACGUGGAUAAGGUGAAAAAUUUAGCAAAACUUGAAGACGUAAAAACCUACCAAAAGGCAACGGUAGCCUCCAAGCUUAAACAGAAAGGUGGAGCGCUCUGGGAUAAGAUCAAAGUCCAAAGCGGAAAAGUUAAAACGAAACUUAGCCAAACCAAACUAGCCAAAAAAAUUAACAACUUAUAUAACAGCAAAGGAUUCUCCCGUUCAUCCUCCGCAAUCUCAAAAUCUACUGCCCCCAUUGGGAUUUUCCUCCUGGGCAAGAGCAUAGUAAAUGGGGCUAUACACAAAGACUAUACAUCGCUUGGAAUUAUUGGAGCUAGGCUAGGAAUCGAAGCAGUUGAAAAGGGCGCCAAGUUGUCCAGCAAUCUGGCUAGAGUUGGUGGGAAAUUUGCAAAAACUUCAAAAAUUAUUGGCAAAAUAGCUGGACCCAUUGGGAUCAUAGCAGACAUAGGUCUGUCGUCGUAUUCCUUAGCGAAGGCGGUCGACAGAUUGCACGCCUCGGAUAACCAAUAUGACAAAAAUGAUGCAAUUGCCGAUAUUGUACAAGAGUCUGUGGACAUCGCGAUAACCACAGCGGUGGUAGUUGCCACACUUGCAUUUCCUCCAGCUGGAGCGAUAAUUGCUGUGGUUGGAAUCAUUGCAAACCUGGCAUUGUCGCUGGUCGUAUCACUUUUUAAAACACAAAAUGAAAUUGAUCGAAUUGAAUCGGACAUUCCACUUCUUGACUUUGAGAAAAACGAGCAAUUCGUAAGCCGAUUCUUCGACUGGUUUGGGACCCGUCAGAAUGACUAUGUGGAUGACCUAGUAAAAACAAAGAAGCUUAAUGACCUAUUCGUUAAACACAACCUAAACUUUCUUAAGAGCAAUCCACAGUUAAGUGGAAUCGCUUUCCCCGCAAGAAGCAUAAGUUAUUCUGGCAGUUGUAGGGUGACCCGUAGGACCUGUUACCUGAAGAAUUUAUGGGGUUGUUCACAAAAGUUUUCAUCCGACGUGGAGCUUGCGAGAGGCUGCGAUCAAGGGCAAUAUUGUGAUGGGCACAGUUGCACUAAUUGGUGGGAAUCAACCGGCGACUGGUCUUAUGACGAUUACAGAUGUUUGUGCGAUCAAUCUUCAAAUGUGCAGGAAGGAUAUCCGCGUCUGAAUAAUCUCGUCGAUUUUCGCCAGAAGCAGUGGAUCCACCUAGAGCGUGCAGUUCCUGCAGAGGUAAAUGGCGCUGUGUUUAAAUGCCGCCCAGGCCAUUUGACAGAUCAGGGAUUUCGCACUUCACAACGGAGCAUGACGCGCGACUACCUUUGUGACGGGACGAUCGCACUUUAUCAACCCAAUUUGGGUGGAAAAAUAUUCUACUUUGACCUAGAGGACGGAAACGAUUGGGUUUAUUUAAACGAGUAUUCUUCAGAGGAUAACAUUUUUAUCAUCCAAAAUGGGCAAAAGAAAUUUGUGGCAGCAAACGGAAAUGAUAAUUUUGUACUGCAUGCGAAUUGCACUAAGUUGAAUGGACUCUUGGAAGGUGGUGGUGGAGUAAACAGUAUCACGUUGCCGGAUGAUCUUUUGAGAGGUUCACAAAUUUCGUUCAAGGACUCUUACCUAUCGGAUGGCACAGGGUAUAAUAAUUUCAAUAUUCAGUUCAGCAACAUAAACGAAAUAACAGGACGGAAGGGCAGGACGGAAUUCAUCAAGCCGAGUUGUGAUUUAAGAACCGUACGGUCACAAGGUGGUGGUACUAACCCAGAUGUUGUUGACUUGUCAGUUAUAGGUUGCACAACUUCUCUUACCAUAAUCUCUGAGGGUAAUACCAAAGUCAUCAACAGCAAACCUAGAGCUACAAGGUCUAUUAGCAUCCGACCUAUUCAACUUGUGUCACUGCCUGGAGAAACUGCAGAUUUUGAGUGCAAUAUUCACCUACAUAAGAACAUGGAUUUGACCGUAAUUAUUCAAGACGGAUGCAGUAAUUACACGAAUCUUAGCUACACAAGCACCAUAUCAAAGAUUUCAUUAAACUCCACAGCUGCAAAUGGGAGAGGGCGCUUUAAUCUUUCUUUCGAUACUGCCGAAGUAACUCAUGCCAGUAGUCAAGUCAAGGUCCUAUUUUGGGAAGGGGUCUACGGCGGAUCAUCAUAUUCUUCUGCAAACUUCCAGUCUCCUGGCGAGCUUAAAUUUAUUCAUUCGCUGGAUAUUUACAUAGGAACAAAUUAUCGCUUCGAAGAUUUAUUAGAAAGAAUAGGAGCUCAAGAGUUUCCAAACAUAUUCCUAUUGAGGGGCGGGAGUUGGAAAGUGAAAUGUGGCAAAAUGGGCGACUCAUUUAUUCUAUACGAUAGCUUCCUGGCGCACGCACAUGCAUCCAUCAACUGUCCUCCAUCCAGGAAACAGAAUAUAAUAGCGUUCAAUGAAGAUAGCCGAGGUCGUUUGGACAUUAAUUUUAUGCACGGAACGAUUAAUGACGGCAUUAAAAUUUCUGGAGUUACAACUCUCGAAGGGAGAAAGAAGCUUGCAGAGUCUGUUACUUGUGGCUGCGAUACUGAACAUGUUGCAACUAGCGGUGGGAGUUUUUCGAACCCAGAUUUGGUCAUAAUUCCGAGUAGAAUCCAUUGCCCUGUAACGAAAUUUCUCACUAUUGUUGCUCAAGGAAACAUGAAGCUACAAGAAAAUACAGCAUCCAACAUCAGUACGGAUAUUACUGGGCGUGUGCUGAUCAUCACAAAUAGCACAGAAAUAAAUGAACGCCUACUUUUCAAAGUGAAUACCCAUGAAAGUAGCACUCUAGCGUUCGACAUACAUCUCACAGAUCUUAGUUUGAGCCAAGUUCCUAACAAUCCAGCCAACAACAAUUUUCUUAUUAACCUAUCCACCAGAUACGGUGAUGAAAUUAGCUUUAAGAUUUCUGGUAAAACCGGCAAUCCCAGAUUUCUCUCGGGUCCCACAGUCACAAUUUUUAACGCAAAAAAUGAGCCGAACGGUAAUUUACUCGUUCAUACAAGUGGAUCCGUUCAAGUAUUCCAUUUCCCAGGGUGUCAAUCUUACCAAGGCAUUCAAGGGCUCGCCAACUAUUUCAAACUCACCGGAAACUGCUGGAACGUUAAUGGGGCCACUAAUUCAACAAACAUUUUCAUUCUAGAAAUUGACGAAAAGGGUUCAAUUAACGAAACCAGCUUCACAGGUGGAAUUGGUUCCUCUGAGAAUACACUAAUUGUGGAACAACUUUCCGCCGACAAUGCAAUAACGUUCAACUUUCAUCGGAAAUGGUUUGGAACUUCUCCAGGGCAGAAUGCGAAAAUGGAUAAUAUUCAACAAUUUUACGGACGUAUUUCGAAACCAGACAUAAUUGUAACAUCUUGUGACGCAUCCGUAACAAUGAUUGACGGCAGAGGUGGUGCAAGUAGUGGUACUGAGGGGAAAGACAAAAUAUUUAUAGACGAUAACAAUAGAUCAUGCGAGAUACUUGUACUGGUGCCAGAAUUCACAGAAGUUCGUAACACAGCUAGACAUGGGCGUUUCGUCUACGAUAUUUCAUUGGAGUCCGGCCUUGACUGCAUAAAAUUCUACCCAUACCAUGAAAAUCAACAUGUCCUUCAGUACCGAUUUCUACCAGCAGGAAUCAUAUCUGAGGCCGUCUAUGAGGAAGCAAAACACUUACUCCAACUUAACUUCAGUUUCAAUGAAUCUUUAAAAUUUGACGCGAUUCGGUUAGGAACUUCCCUGAAUCCUACAAUCCGAUUUGUAAAUUCUGACCAGGGAGUAACCUGCGAGUUUAAGGCAGCCGAAUCCGACGGUGAAGAGGCCAAGCUUAAUGCUAUAUGGGAAAUAAAAUAUAUAUCAAAUACGCUUAUCCUUCACGGACUUACAACUUCGAUAAACACUUUCGUCGUGAAUAUUACACAAAAUUUUGACGAACAGUCUAGAUUUGAAUUUCAUGGUGGCAUUGGGGCAGAAAUUCUUAAUGAGUUCUGGAUUGCUUCAGUACCAUCAAAAAUUAACGUGAUUUCCGGUCAGGACAACGAUUAUGGGACGAAUGUAGUCCGUCUUCUAGACACUUUGUGUCCAGAUGAAGAUCUCAUAAUCGAUUUGCAUGAUACGAAUGGCAGCAUCUCCGCAACGUCGGGGCCUGUGGUUGAAAAAAUGACAGACAUUCACAAAUUCUUUGGCCGUGUAAAUCACAAGGAUACAGUAAUUCCAGGAUGCAACACCGAGCAGAUAUCCGCAGCAGAAGAAAUUGUCAUAUACCCCGAUUACUGCCACUGGUUCUACUUGGAUGUCACUUUGCAGCCAGGGACGGUUGUGUCCUUCUUUAUGCCGAUUGAAAAUGAAGACAUCGAAAUAACAGAGGCCGAAGGAGAAUUUCGCUACCACUUCCAGGAGCCGAUGUCCUUUACUCCAUUAAUUUCGAGAAAAUACCACAACCAGUUCCUCCACACCGAGCACAUUUACCACCUCCCACUCACCUUAAGUGACCUAGAUUCGAUCAACUUCUACAUAUGGAACGACACUGUCACUUACUCCAUCGGAGAUUCCCACUACUUCCAUGAAAUGCUUGUAAUUUUGGACGAAGAAGACGAAUUCUACCGUCAACCAAAAUUCUUUACGAGGGACGCGUGCGAAGUAAGGGUCGGCAGAUCAGGAGAAAUUUUGGCCAUAUGUACCCCAAACAGCCAAACAGGCGUCUUAGAUGAGUCCAUGGUGGCAAAAAUUGCGGUAGAUUUAGGUAUCACAAUAAUUUACAAAACGAAAGAUUUCGUCAUUCAAGCAGGAAACGAUAAAGAGGAGGAAAGAAAUGUGCUAACCACUUCUAAAAACGCUACUAAUCACUUUUACGGUGGAGGAGGAGCAAAUACAAUUUACGAGAUAGUUUUCCUCCAACAUGAUCUCGUUAUCAAUACUGGUGUCCCCACAAUUACAAAUGUUACUGAAGAUCAACGACUCAUACACACCCUGGACCUAACGGACAUUAUUGUACCCUUGAGGGCACAGAUAGGAACCAAAUAUGUUCCACCAGUUAGAAGGGAGGGGGACGACUUGAUAAUUUCCUUACCAGAAUAUGAAUCACUACUUCCGGGGGAAAUAACGCUUGUAAAUGGGGUGUACAUCGCUGAUAUUUUCCAAAUAUUGCUCAACUCCGCCGUCAUGGGACUUAAGACCGUCGAUGAGAGUAACAAUACUACUGAAUUACCAGGUAGCAGAAUUAAGCAAGGCGCAGACACGAUAACGGAUAGGUGGGUUAUCUAUCCAAAGCCAAUCUUAAUAGAACCUGGAACCGUCUACUCAAUAUCUCAGGAGGAUUUGGAAGACGGACAUAAAAUCAGCCUUGGCGAGGAUCCGAAAACCGAAACGCGGAGCAAUUUUAGUUUUCUCAUGGCAAAAAGUGAGGACGACCUAGUGUUCAGCAAUAUUAUGAGUAACGAUGGAGAAGAACCGACCAUCAUAAUUAUUUCAGGCUUCUACCCAUCCACGAGCAAUAAUUCCCUAGUGAACACAACACAACAGAAUGAAACAUUUGCCUCCAACAUUGCAAUCGAGUUACCAGGAAUGGAGAAAUUUUUAGACAAAUCGGUGCAUGAUCUUACCUACGAAGCUGAGGAAGAUGUCACAACCUCAUGGGACGAUAUCUUGGAAGUCGUCGAGGAAGCGUUGUUGGAAGAAAUGCCAGAAAUACCGAGGACUUUCAAAAGAAAUACCAAUUUGUUUCCGGUUUGGUUCUUCAUUAUUGCGCUUGCCUUACUUGCAAUUAUAGCAAUUGCCACCGUCUCCACGAUUUUUGUCGUAAUUAAGCGAAAACUAUGUUGGUCUUCGGAACUGUACUUUGGCCCUGAGACAGGUGAUGACACAGUUUCGACUAAAGAAAAUGACAUCUACUUAAUUGAGGUCAAGCCACUAAUGAAGAUGGUCCAGGAUGAGUAAUAGUUACACUAAAUACUUCCGUGGAUUUGUAUAAUAAGAAAAAUAAAUUGAUUAGAAAUUAUGUAAGUCAUCAUUGUUUAUGGAAAUAUUCGCAAUUUCCAGGUAAACUAAAUAAUUAUAAAGUAUCAAUGCAACUAGAAAUUGUUGGAAAGAAAAAUUAUGUAUGUAAAUAAAACAUUAAAUAAAUAAAUGCUGCGAGCAAUGCUUAUUUCGACUUCGAAUUAACAUUAAGCUUCCGACACAUAUUCCUACCCCAAGAGCCAAAGUGUUUCUGGUCAAAUAACUCCGUUACGUUAUAUCGUUAACAUAAAGCACGUAUUUUCAUAAUUGAUUCAUGAAGUUGGGAAAUUUCAAAUUUUUUGCUUUAUAUUAAAAUCAUGCUUUGCCCUGGUAACCACAUUUUUACUAUAUAACGUUUGUGUUUAUGUAAAAUUACAAAUCUUGUAUCACCUCUAAGAAGACUCAAAUAUUUUUUUGAGUAUUAAAUAGCCCUAAAGUUACAAUACUGAUUUUCUUCCAGGUAAAAAAAUAUCGACCGGAUUGCGCAUAGCAAGGAAUUGCUGCUUUGUCCGCUAUUUUUGUAAAACGAACGAUUUCAUGUUUCAAAAGGUUUAUCCUCUUACACCGUUAAGAUCCUUUUACAUACGUACAUAUAUAAAUAUGUAUUUACGUAAGUUUACAAAUGUACAUGUACAGAUUAGUCAGAUUCACGCCCUCGUCAUUACUCAUUUGUAUGCAAGUUUGUAUCGAUCAUAUCAUGCAACGCUAACAAAACAUGAUUAUCCACUCAUGAUUAUUAUUAACACUUGAAACGAAAAAUCCAGCUGGGUCAGAUCCGCUCAGCCCAAUUCGAUUAAGCAAAACAAAACGCGAAAUGUCGGCCGAAAUAAAUUUGGACGAAUGGACGACAAUACUGGUUGGAAAAAAGAUAAUCCUUUCUGGGGAGCAAGUUGUGGAUCAGAGUAAAGAGGUUUCCGAGGAUGAAAUUAAAGCUGGCGUUCCUCGCUACAGAAUUAUAAAGCCGGGCACCAUUAUGACCAUGGACUGGCGAGAGGACAGAUUAAACGUGCAUAUCGACCCGGUAACGAAAAUUGUGACGAAGGUUAAAAUCGGGUAGUAAUUUAUUAAAGAUUAAGUUUAAAUCAACCUGUUGAUGGGAAAAUAACGAAAUUACUUAUGAAUAUAUGAAUUUUGUAUUUUAAAAGAUUGAACCAAAUUUUGUAUUCAAGCAAAUAAAUUCAAAAUUAGGCGAAUUUUUAGCAAUGUGGUAUCAUCCCCUUGAUCAGUGAUCGGUGUAUUAUCAUUAUCAUAAACACAUACGGGUUUUCUGGAUAUGGUGUUUAAGUCUUAUCAAAUAAAUAACUUCAUGCGGUUGGCAUUUUGAUUUGCAUGGAUAGAUAUGUUAUAACGUAACUAUAUAUAUAUAUAUUUAAAUGUGUAUACAUAGUUAAGCUAGUAUCCUUUUUGGGCUUAUCGGUAAACUGAUAAAGAGGAACAUAGGCAAAAGGACAAUCAACUUAUUAACUUUUAUUUAGUUAGUAUAUAAUUUCAUGUAUACAAGGAAAUUGAUUAUUUGAAAAUUUUGCCAUACUUUAAACUCGAUUUGGUCUAAUUUUUGAAAUAGGUACAUGAUGCAUAUUCAAGUAAGUGUUUAUGUAUAUUUGGUCGUUAAUAUCGCUAGCGGAGAAAAUUCUGAUUGAAAUAAAAUUUAUUGAAAGCCUUCA